GUCUUGCCUUUUAAAUAUACUUGUCCUGCUAAUGCUAGUCCAAUUGAUUCCUGCCCAUCCCUAUGGCUAUAAAAUGAUAAUUCCCACACUGUCCAGUCCUUUGGAAGAGGCCACAUCGCCGCAUCAUAAAUUAAUAUUGCAAUCACCGGCUCUGGAUCAUAAUAUCUAUAUGGAUUAUGUAGUCACAUCAAAACCAUUGCAUCUACGCAAAUACAACAAAAACGGCAGUAAGACUAAGAAAACGAAAAAGGAUUCGAAAAUCUAUUAUAUACCUAUACCACCACUGCCUUUUCGUCAUAUACCCGGCAUCGGUUUGGACUAUCAGCCCAUGAAGAUUAAACCCUUGUUAACACAGGAGGCAACCAGCACAACCACAACUCCAGCACCACCAACACGACCUCAUCUGCCAGACCAUGCUGUCCAGAAUUUGGAGAGUAAACUGUUUCGAGUCCAACAUAUUAAGGAUUACUACUUCAAUGGCCAUCCAUAUCGAUUGCAGGUGGCCCAUGCCAAUCGUCACACUGCACUGACACCUCUAAAUCUAAAGUCAAAUUUCUAUUAUAAUAAAAAUAUUAUUCAUUAA